GGUUGCCAAGAAAGACAAAAUUAUAGGUUAUCCAAUACACAUAGAAAAUACCACAAAAAGAAAGUAUUCAAGAAAUAGAUUAAUAUUCAAUCUUUGCUUUGUAUGUGAUUCCUCAAAAAGAACAAUGCAGUAUGAACCAUUAGUUAGAAAACUUGCUAACUACCUUGUAAAAUUAGAAUUAGAAGAUGGAUUUUUAUACAAUGAACAGACUAAAGCUCAACUUCCUGCAAUAAUGGCAAAUAUAAGAGAUGAACUGAAUAAGAAUGGGAAAUGUUGCAUACCAAUAAAUGAAUCAAAUACCAUUUACUUGAAUGUAAUUAGAGUAUAUCCAAUGCCUCCUCAUGUACAAGAUCAAGAUGUCCCCAUAUUUACUGAAAGAAAAUUUCCUGUGCCAUUGUCUGAAUGGAAUAUAACGAUGCAACAAUGGGAUUUGACUGUAAUGUUGAUCUUACCUUACAUAGAUGGAUUUAGACAUGUAGCCAAAAUUGCUGUGGAAGCGGGUGUUGAAAUUCGUCUUGUGAAAGCAUUUAUACAAAAUAUGGUGUACUAUGGUGUUGUGACUUUAAUUCCCAUAUUUAUGUACUCAAAUGUAUACACAGCUACACCUAAAUUAAAUGAAUUAGCUCAAAACACCCAUCUUCAAGAAGAAUGUGCUAAAUUUGUUGCUCGUCAAGGAAGUCAUAAACCAUGUUUUCGAUCCAUCUUUAUGCUAUACUGUCAACUGAAUCCAGAAACUAAUGUGAAGACACUCUGUCUUCGACACAACCCACGUGCAAUUGGCAUAGAUGAGAGGAAGCUAAUACAGUUUGGACUUAUGAAAAAUGUCAUUCGGCAACUGCAAAAGUAUCCCAUCCAGGUGACCCCUGACAUCUCAAUUAAAUGUAAACCAUUGCUCAAAUACUUCAAUGGGAAAUACAGUUUUGAAGAAAUCUGCUGUAAAACAGGGAUCAGUUAUCAAGAACUUGAUGAACGUGUUGAAAAAGAUCCAUCUGUUUUUGUUUGUAUGAAGUGACAUCAUAUACAUUUUAUGUAUUUAUUAUAUUUUUAAAUUAUAUUUUUAUGUACAUUGCUUUUCAUCAGUAUUUCUGUAUUUUAUCUUGUGAUGUAAAAUAAAUCAUAA